AUGAUGUUUGUAAGGUCCAGGGUAUUGAGGAGUGCUACAGUGUGGAAGCAAUUGGAUGUUUGUUCGAGGUUUACGGUUGGGCGACAAACAAGAUACAAAUCUACUGAUGCCUCGGAAGAUGAAGUGAAGCAUUUCCAGGAGCUGGCCCCAACGUGGUGGGACACUGACGGAUCGCAAAGAAUUUUGCAUAAGAUGAACCUUGCCCGGUUGGAUUUUAUACAAAGAACACUAAGGAACCAAAUCAAGAUUCAGGAUCCAGAGGUAUACGUCCCUGGGUUCAACUACAAGGAAUUUUUACCUGACUAUGUAUGUGACAAUAUUCGUCGCGAAGUGCAAGGGAGUAUAGAGGCUGGCUUGUACGGAAGGCAGGAAAUGAGCGUCUUGGACGUGGGGUGCGGUGGUGGUAUUUUGAGUGAAUCAUUGGCGAGACUCAAAUGGGUAAAGAAAGUCCAAGGAAUCGACUUGACUCGUGAAUGUAUUAUGGUUGCAAAAGAACACGCCAAGAAAGAUCCUAUGCUGGAAGGGAAAGUUGAUUAUGAGUGUAAGGCCUUGGAAGACGUCACAGGACAGUUUGAUAUUAUCACUUGUAUGGAAAUGCUCGAGCACGUAGACGUUCCCAGCGAAAUCCUAAGGCACUGCUGGUCCAGACUGAACCCCGACGGAGGAAUACUAUUUUUGAGUACCAUCAACAGAGAUCUCAUCUCGUGGUUCACUACGAUCUUCGUAGGUGAAAAUGUCUUAAAGGUUGUUCCAAAGGGAACCCAUCAUUUGAGCAAAUACAUCAAUUCGAAAGAGAUCCUAGCCUGGUUCAAUGACCACUAUGACGGCCAAUUUCGCUUGCUAGAUCUAAAAGGAACCAUGUACCUUCCAAUGCAAGGAUGGGUCGAGCACAACUGUUCAGACAUUGGUAAUUAUUCUAUGGCCAUCCAGAGAUUGAAGUGA